AUGGAACAAGGAGAGAAUGAAAGUUUGCGGUCCUUUAUCACUCAUUUCAAUAGGGAAGCCCUGACCGUGGACGAGAUGGAUGACAAGCUACUCUUGGCGGCCUUCCAUGAUAGGGUUAAUUAUGAUUUAUUCAUCCAUAAGCUUUAUGAGAAAGAGCUUCGAUCCAUGGCUAAACUCGUCCAUUCGGCCCAAAACUUUAUGAAUGCAGAGGACGCAAUCAUAGCUAAGAAGAGGAAGAGAGCUGAAAGAAUGGAAGCAAACUCCAUGUGCCACUCCGAGCAAGGUCCCCAUCCAAAGAAGGGACGAACGAAAGAUAAGAAAGAUCGAGAUAACAAGAAGGGAAAUCCCAACAAGCGCAAUAGGAACAAGUAUUUCCGCUUCCAUAAAGACCAUGGGCACGGCACGGACGAGUGUUUCGAUUUAAAGCAGCCGAUUGAAAAUCUCAUCAGACAGGGAAAAUUAAGAAACUUCCUUCGACGAGACAAUAAGGACAAGAAGUUAAAAGGAAAAGUAGAAGAGUCAUCAUGCCCUUCGCUCGGAGAAAUAAGAGUUAUCAUAGGAGGAGGUUCAAUGGGACAAUCGUCCAAGUCAAGGAAAACAUACCUGAAGGUAGUACAGAACGUUCAACUCUCUGGACGAUCGCCAAGGAUGAAGAACACGGACAAACAAGCCAUCACAUUCACGAACGAGGAUGCUGAAAGAAUUCACCACCCUCAUGACGACGCCAUCGUCAUCACUCUGCUCAUUGCUAACUAUACAACCAGGAGGGUGUUGGUGGACAAUGGAAGUUCCACAGAUAUUUUGUAUUACCCUGCUUUUCAGCAAAUGAGGUUAGGACGAGAUAUACUUCAUCUAAUGAAUUCACCCUUAGUGGGUUUCGGAGGAAUGAAAGUACAACUUGUAGGUAUCGUUACAUUACUUGUGGUGGUGGGGGCGUACCCACAACAGGUAACCAAGGACGUAAAUUUCCUUGUGGUAGAUUGUUCGUCCUCCUAUAAUGCUAUAAUCGGGAGACUAACUUUAAAUAAUUGGGAGGCAAUUACAUCUAUUUACCACCUGUCAGUCAAGUUCCCUACGGAGUAUGGAGUAGGACAAGUGCAGGGAGAUCAGCUAGCAGCAAGAGAAUGCUACCUGGCCAUGUUGGCCAUGGACGAAUAG